CUGCGGUAUUUCUAACCUGAAAUGACUUCGAUGCGUCAUAAUGGAACUUAUACCGAAUUUUUUUAAUAUAAAAGUAUUUCGUUGAAUUUCAAUCGCAUAACAACGUAUUACGGAGUAUUUGAAUAUGUUGUUCUCUACUUAGCACGCGUUGUCAUCGUUAAUUCACGAUCGAAAUCGGAUUUAGGAAGAAAGUUUCUUUUGACAUUUCGAUCUCUUGUGUGAAAAAUCUCAGCGAUUCUAGAUUCCUCGAUAUUUUUUCGCAGUUCACCCCUAAUAAUUGUGUCAUAGAUCAGUUGUAGAACAUUCAAUUAUUGUGAUAAAUCUUGUUUAAAAACUUCUACUAAAUUUUGUAUAUGAAAAAAAAUGUCUAAGAACAAAGCAGCCUCAAGGCGAAUCGCAGCUGAUCUACUGUGCAAAAAUGGUUGUGGAUUUUAUAGAAAUGCCGAGUGGGAAGGAUAUUGCAGCAAAUGUUACAGAGAACAUUUACAAAAACGUAGAGCACAGAGAGAACGAACAGCAAAAAGUCAAAGUCAUGAAGGUGAGAGUCCUGGAAAAGUUUCAAGAUCAUCAAGUUAUGGGAGAAGCGACGACCCAAAACGGCAGCAUGAAAAAAAGAACAAGCUCUUGAAUAUUUCUUCAUUUUGGAAACCAACAGUGAAAUCACAUGGCUACGAUGAUAACCAAGAUUUGGAGAAAGUGAAAAUCGAGAGUCGAGAACUUUUGGCUCUCAUUGUAAAAACACCUGCAGAAAAAGAUGUACAAAAGUGCAUUAAUUCGUUUGUCAAUAAAAUUAUUCAAAACAAAGACUUCAAGAGGAUUGAAGAAUUGUCAGAGAUUGCACAGAAUUUCUAUCAGGGCUUUGGAAAGAGAAUGGAAAACAGUCCUAAUUAUGCAGGAAUUUCAUCAGAAGUUAAAGAACGUCUGCUUGAUUAUGUUGAAAGAUACGCUAUGACCUUGUUGUACAGUACCUUGUUUUGUCCUCAAUUUACCACAGAUGAGGAUAAAGAUUUAGCCAUUCAAAAUAGGAUAAGACAAUUGAAUUGGGUGAGUGGCAAGCACCUUGAAUGUAGAAUACAUGAGACGAGUCCAGAAGUACGUGAAUUGGUUUACACAUCGAUAACAGAUUUGUUGAACAUGGAUUCGGCUAAAGCUCCGCAGGAGAAGCUCGCCUGCGUGGUGCACUGUUGUCGGAAUAUAUUUUUACUGCUUCAACAGUCGGUUGGUGGUCCAGCAUCGGCAGAUGAAUUUUUGCCAGCUUUAAUCUUCAUCGUUCUAAAAGCAAAUCCUGCGAGACUUAAAAGUAAUAUUAAUUUUAUAACAAGGUUUUGCAACGCUAGCAAAUUAAUGACCGGCGAAGGUGGUUACUACUUUACAAAUCUCUGCUGUGCUGUUUCAUUCGUUGAGAAUCUUACUGCAGAAUCUCUAAAUAUGUCGCAGAAAGAUUUCGAUGCUUACAUGUCCGGAGAAAGAGUGCCAGCGAAUACCUGGGAAUCUGCACUCACAAUAUGUGAAAGUCUUCAUCUCAUGUGUGAAGAAGUUACGUUGCUCGACGAGUUAAAAGUGAAAAAUGAAAACAUCGUAAAAGAAGCGCUAGAAUUGAAGAAAGAAUGGCUCGAAUUUCACGACAAAAUUAAGACUGAAAUCAGUGCUCUGGUGGAGAGAACCCCGCUCAUUAUAUCGCGGAGCCAACGAAUCCCAACGAAUUUAGAUUGCGAACUUGAUUUGGAAAGUUAUCAAUUGCCACCUCCUAUAAUACCUCAGAUUUUUUCUCACAUGGCUAACGAGGAAACGGACAGUUUAACGGUUGGAGCACGAACGUCGGACGGAAAAGCAUCGUCUUCUUCGACCGAAGAUUGCGGCUGUAUAACACCAUCGCCAACUUUUGAUUUUCCUCCAUUCAGCGACGAUUGUUGUCUCGAUAGAAGUCGUGCCGACGACGAAACCAGUCUCAUAAGUCUAGAAACACAAUCUGAUUUUAUGAUGGGCAAUGAAACUCAAGCUCAAUCCGACGACAGAUCGAUUGCUGAUAGUCUCCUCGAUAAUUCGCCCCAGAACCAGGCUACCAAUUUACCGUCACCACUCAAACCCGCACCACGUAAAUCAUCUAAUUUGGCGGAAGAUUAUCACGGAUUUACUCUUCAGGGCUCGACCAUACAAACAAUUCCUUGUGAUACUGGCGAUCUCUCACACGCUACGGAUCACGAAUCAGAUCCAUAUUCCACUUAUUACCAAAAUAUAUAAUUUCAUAAAUACAGUUUCUUAGAAUUCUUAGAAAUUACCAUUUAGAGGAUCCUUAUCAUUGAAUAAAAGUUUCCAUUUGAUGUAUCAGUAAUACAAAUAGUUAUACUUAUAAUCUAUGUGUUUUGUGAUGAAUAUAAAUAUUGAAAAUGUAUAAUAUAAAAUGUUAAACGAAAAAUUCAAAUCAAGCAUCUUUGUUACUUAGAAAUACUAGGUCAGUAAAGAAUGGACAUUCGUAAUGGUCAUAUUUGUAGUUAGAAGAAUAACAUACAUUUUUCACUCAAAUAUUCAUUUGAACAAAAACUUCGAGUAGUUGAAAAAGUACUCUUUAAGAAUUUAGCCAGAUUAAAAAAAUUUCAAUGAUUCUGGAUGAUCAUUUGAAAAGUAAACAGGAUUCGUGUCCACUUUUUGUAAUUACUAAGGACCAAUAUUCUCAUGGAAUUACAUUAUUGGCAUGAAGAUUUUUGUAAUUAAUCUUCAAGUAAUCUUUACAACUUGCAUCUCUUUAUUUUUUUGAAUAUAUUGUACAAAAGCGAUUCUAAUUUGUAGAAACAUUAGGAAAUUCAAUGUUUGAUUAUGAAUUUUGGAUAUAAAUAAACUCAUUAAGCAGAA